AGUUGGGGUUUGUUGUCGCUACAGCGUGAAGAAGCGGGCUGUGAGGCACAAAGAGUUCUCUUUCAACCAAACCUUUUCUUUUUAAAACGUUUCACACCCGAGGGACAUUUAUGACGGGUGAAUCCAGGCAGGAGUGACAGUGAUGUCGGUCCUCAUCCACAGUCGAGGCGAGGCGGGCGGCGGCGUGGCGGCCCACCUCCAAUGCCCCCACUGCGGUCAUUUCUCCAGGAGCCACGCCCACCAGCUCUCCCACUUUGCCGCGUCGCACCCCUCCAGCCUGGACGGCGUGUCGGUGGGUCGUCUCGGCAACAUCCUGAUGUACCAGAGCGGCGCCCGGCUCUUCCACUGCGCCGAGUGCUUCUUCACCUGCCGGGACUUCACCAAGCUCUACAAGCACCUCAUCACCAAGCACUGCACCGACGGGAAGGACGGAGAGGCGGGGGACGAUGGCAGCGAGAAGGGAGACGAGGAGGAGGAGGAGGAAGAGGGACGUAAGGGCGCGCUGAAGAGGAAGAGGAGCAGCGACCCCGACGAGGGGGAGCAGGGAAAGGAGGAUCAGGUGAAAAGGCAACGCAGCACAGAGGCCGUGGAGGAAGAGCAGAGCAGAGAGGAUGCUCUGAAGAAGAGCGGUGAAGCCGAGGAGGCGGUGCAGAGAAGCAGUGAGGAUAAGGAAGAGAUGAAAGAUCAGGAGGAUGGGACUGAGGGAAAGGAGGGAACGGGGAGCAGCAAGGCUGACGAGGAAACACAAGGAAAGGAAGAUACACUGAAGAGGGCUGAGGAGGAGGAGCAGGGAGGCGAGCAGCCUCUGAGGGGCACUGGAGCUGAAGGAAACGGGGGGGUUUCUGAGGAGGUGAAACCGGGCGGUGGUGAAGGAGGAAAAGGCCGUCCUCUCGGAAGCCAGCGCUCAUCGCUGCCUCAUCUGCGGCUGGAAGAACAAGCUGAAGGCUCUGGCCGUCAACCACGUGGUGCGCAAGCACGACAUCCCCAAAGCCUGCGCCUCCCAGGCCAUACGCCGCGACUCAGCCGACGGCGCGACAGCCAGCCGGCGGCGGAGGAGGAGGCGACUGCCGGUGGGGCUGAGCGCCGAGCAGCUGAAGGAGGAGACGGAGGCCUGGCCAAGGUGGGUGCGCUUCACCUCAAACCGCUUCGUCUGCGUCCUCUGCGGCUGGAAGACCAACUCAAAGGCUUCGCCAUCAGCCACGUCGUGCCGCUUGCCACGAACAUCGAGCGUCCGUACGGCUGCAAAGAAGUGCAAGCGCACCUUCUUCUGCCCAGCCGGCUGCAGCAGCACGUCAAAGCCACGCACACGGCCCGGGCGCUACGCCUGCCCCUUCUGCUACUUCAGGUCCGAGUUCCUGGGAGGCUUCAGGAGACACUGCAGCCGCUGCAACGCCCGCGAGGAGGAGGACGGAGACGAGGGAGGAGGGAGAGCUUGGGCGGAGGGGGAGGAGAAAGCAGGAGGAGGAGCAGGAGGAGGAGGAGGAGCAGGAGGAGAUGCAGGUGAAGGGAGAGCAAGAGGCGAGGAGGAAGAGGAGACGAGGAGGAAGGGGAGAAGAUGAGAUGAGAGCAGCAAGGAAGCGAAGGAAAACGAUGAAGAUGAGGCGGAGGAGGAGGAAAAUGAUGACGACGACGACGACGACGAGGUCUGAGAGGAGUGUGUGUUUACAUGUUUUUAACCCGAGAACAGCAGAUCAAGUCAGAAAUGUGAGUAAUGAGGAACAUCAAUAAAUCCCCUUUUUAUGACUCCG